AUGAGCUCCGAACUGCCGUACCGCCCAUCAAAUAUGAAUGAGGAGGAGUCACGCCGUAAUGGCGACGAGGAUGAAGAGGAAGAAGUUGAUGAGACGGGAUAUAAGACUGUCAAAGAUGCGCUCCUCUUCGCCAUAGAGAUCAGCGACUCUAUGCUUACCGCCCCUCCGCCAUCCAGCUCAAAAAAUGCUGAUACACUGUCCCCUGCCUUCGCGGCACUCAAAUGCGCCUACCAUCUCAUGCAACAGCGCAUCAUAUCAGAUCCCAAGGCUAUGAUGGGCAUCCUUCUGUAUGGCACCGAAGCUUCCAAAUUCUACGGGGAAGACGAAACUACACGAGGAGGUCUUUCUUACCCACACUGCUACUUGUUGACAGAUCUGGACGUACCCGAGGCUGAGGAUGUUAAGACUCUCAAGAGGCUGGUUGAGGACGAGUCAGCCGGAUCAGACAUCCUCAAACCGUCGAAAGAGCCAGUCUCCAUGGCAAACGUCCUCUUUUGCGCCAACCAAAUCUUUACCACAAGGGCAGCUAAUUUUUCCUCCCGCCGGCUCUUCAUUGUCACUAACAACGACAAUCCGCACUCCACAGACAAAGCGCUGAGAUCCUCGGCUGCGGUUCGUGCCAAAGAUUUGUAUGAUCUGGGGGUGGUCAUUGAGCUUCUCGCGAUCUCAUCAGCAUCGUACACUUUCGAUACAUCAGUUUUCUACGACGACAUUAUAUAUCGUUCGUCUCCUGUUGACCCUGAUGCUCCAGCUUACAACCCUUCGGCUCUUUCUGCGCCGGAUCAGGAAUUGAAGACCGGCAAUGUUGACGGCAUUACCUUGCUGAAUUCGCUCCUUUCCUCGAUUUCCAGCAAGUCCACUCCACGAAGGACCUUGUUCACCUCUAUUCCUCUAGAGCUCGCUCCGGGCUUUCGAAUAUCCGUGAAAGGCUAUCUUUUGUACAAGCGGCAAGAGCCAGCACGAAGCUGUUACGUGUACCUUGGUACUGAUCGACCACAAAUUGCACGUGGGAGCACGACGCAGAUGGCAGAUGACACAGCUCGAACCGUGGAGAAGUUUGAGAUCCGUAAGGCGUAUACAUUCGGAGGAGAACAGAUAUCAUUUUCACCUGACGAAAUCAAAGCUUUACGCAACUUUGGCGAACCUGUUAUCCGCAUUAUAGGCUUCAAGCCAGUAGAAAUGCUUCCAUCGUGGGCAAAUAUCAAACAGUCCACCUUCCUGUACCCAUCAGACGAUGAUUACGUUGGCAGCACGCGAGUUUUUAGUGCACUCUACAGCAAGCUCCUCAAGUCAAAAUUGAUGGGUCUGGUCUGGUUUAUUGCACGCCGCAACGCAGCUCCUGUGAUCGCUGCUCUCAUACCAACCUUACCAUCAGACGAGAAUCUUUCUGGCCCACAGAGCGGUGUGAGUCCAACAGGAUGUCCGCAGGGACUUCAUCUAGUUCCUCUGCCCUUUGCGGACGACAUCCGCCAGAACCCGCCCAUGGCACACGAAACACCACUUCGUGCACCAGACAGUUUGAUCGAUGCAAUGCGACCAGUUAUUGGCCAAUUGACCCUGCCCAAAGGCAUAUACGAUCCAGAGCGGUACCCAAACCCGGCUUUGCAAUGGCACUAUCGCAUUCUUCAGGCGCUCGCUUUAGACGAAGAUUUACCAGAGAAGCCUGAGGACAAAACGAUCCCAAAAUACCGGCAGAUUGAUAAACGUGUGGGCAAUGAAGUGACGGAUUGGGGCAAAGAACUUGAAAGGGCGUAUAAGGAGCACACGAUCAGCAAUCCUGAUGACAAAACCAUGCCAACGAAAAGAGAGAGACCUGCAGCGAAUGGAGAUGCAGCUGCUAGCAAGAGACCAAAGACAGAACCAGGAGCUAUGCCAGAGGAUGCCGAGGUCAGGAAGCUCUGGGAGAAAGGCCAGGUUUCGAAGAUGACAGUGCCCCAUCUGAAGGACUGGCUGGGAGCGAAGAAGCUGCCACUUACAGGCAAGAAAGCAGAUCUUGUGGAGAGGGUGGAGGAGUGGUUCGAAUCGAGGUAG